AUGCUCAGAAGCAGCGGAGUGAACGUCACGCGCAUGCGCAGAUGGACCGGCGCGCUGUUACUUUACAUUGAGAUCAACAAGCAGGUUGUGCAGUGCGAGUGUUUCACCUGUCAGAGCAGCAGCAGUGCGAUCCCAGCUUUCUCACUCUCCUCCUCUGAUCCUCAUACAAAGGCCAGAUUACACACCAAAGAGCUGCAGCAUUUGCUGCCUCCAUCCUUGAUAAACGGCACAUCUCUCGCCUCUCUCAUAUCUAAUGAAUAUCCUCUCCCUGAAACUCUACGCUUCCUUAAGAGGGUGAGAUCUUGUGCCUCUCGCCAUGAAUUCCUCCUUCGUCUCGCUACAAAGGAGGAAGAGGAAGAUGUCCUGAAAUCCGGAGUCCGUCAGUCAGAUUAUGAAUUAGCAGAUGGUGGUGUUAUUGCUAAACCACAAAAUAAUCGGUAUAGUCUUGACUUGUGGGCAAUCGCUUCGUUAACAGAUAUUUUGCAAGAUAAAGUUGAUUUGCAGGGUUUGGGUGACCCGUUUUUAGUGUACGUCCCCUCUAGGGCACCAAGGAACCCGAAGGAGCAGCAGCUGUGGUCGGGAUACUGGCCGAGUACUUACCAUGCAAAGGGCAGUGCAGAAGAAAGCCAAAGGGGCAGACAUUUAUGUGAGGAAGAGAGAACAAGAAUUGGGCGUUACAUGAGGAUUGCGGUGGAGGAACGACGGGCAAGUCAGGCGAGGGGAAGAAAGGGAGUCGGAGCUGUGGUGGUAGAUCCGAGGAGUGGACAGAUUUUGGCAGUAGCCUCUGACAGGACGGAUGAGGAGGGAGGCCCACUUCUUCAUGCCUGCAUGGUAGCAAUAGAUAUGGUGGCACAAAAGCAAGGUGGAGGUGCGUAUGCUUGUCUGAAGGAAAAAGAUGGGGACAGGGUAAAGAAUUCAGACAUGAGAAAAGUGCAGUUCAUUAAUACGGAGGAGAGUGGAAAGAUGUUGGAGGAGGGGGAUAUAGAAGGUAGGAAGGACACUGAGCAAAGUGACACUCUGAGAGACGUAUCAGUGUCAGAUCAAGAAGAGAAGACAAAACGCAAGUGGUCAGAAGAGACUACAGAGGAGGUGCCAUAUUUGUGCACAGGGUAUGAGAUCUAUGUAACGAGAGAACCCUGCAUCAUGUGUGCAAUGGCCCUUCUGCACUCCCGAAUCUUCUGCGUUUACUAUGGGUCUAGCACCCCUGGUGGGGCCCUGGGAACCAGUUACCGGCUACACUGCUGCCCAGGGUUGAACCACCAUUUCCAGGUGUAUAGGGGGGUCAUGGAAAAUGAGUGUCAGAAGCUAAUAAGUCCUGGAACUCGAUCUUCAGUCAUUUGUUGUUUUUUUUUAAUUGUAAAUUCUAUAACGUACACAUUUGUUUUUAUUAAACAAUAUUUUAAUAUCUUUUGUAUCUGGUAAAAAAAAUAAUAACAAUGUAUUGUGGUCUCCAUGUAAAGUCCUUUAAUAAUUGGGUUUCCAGCUUCCUAGAAAAUGUCUUUUACUACCACCACUUUAGCAAACCUGUAGCAUCAGCUUAUAU